AUGGCGGAGCGUAUCUUGAUGAACGAAUACAAGGCUUUGGCCAAGGAGGAAUGGGUGAACAUCGAGCUCAACAACGAAGACAUCUUUAACUGGAAUGUCGGGCUGAUCGUUCUGAAUCCGGAUUCGUUGUACUAUGGCGGCUACUUCAAGGCUUCUAUGAAAUUUCCAAAGAACUAUCCAUAUUCUCCUCCUGAAUUCCGUUUUCUCCGACCCCUCUACCACCCCAAUAUCUACCCCGACGGCAAGCUCUGCAUAUCUAUCCUACACGCGCCCGGCGAAGAUGAGAUGUCCGGCGAGCUGGCUUCGGAGCGCUGGUCCCCUGCCCAACGCGUCGAGUCUGUCUUAAUAUCCAUUCUCUCGCUCCUAGACGAUGCAGAAGUGUCGUCGCCCGCCAACGUCGACGCUGGUGUCAUGCUGCGGCAAGAUCCUGAGUCGUACAAGAUCACCGUGAAGAAGAACGUCGAGGAGUCUAAGAAGGAUAUUCCCGAGGAUUUCGUUAUGCCCACGCAUGAAAGUUCCAUGAAGAAACCCGCGGAUAAGAUAGACGAUGCAGACUUUUGGGCCGAUAGCGAUGUCGACAGCGACGUGUUUGGUGGGAGUGACUCGGACGAAGACUUGGAUAUCGACGACCAGGAUACCGGUAGCGAUGACGAGGAGGAUGAGGACUGA